ACUUCACAGUCAUACAUGACUGGACCUCCUCACUCAGGUGUGAAGAAGAUUUCCUGUAGAUAUACUGCAGUGUUUCUGGGUCUCCUCUGUCUUUUCCUCCUUGCUGGACUCUUAACUCUGGUUUUCCUGUGCAAAUCUGAGUUGGACCAGGAACAAACCAGUUACAAAGAGCUGGAAGACAAACUUAACCAGUUAAAAGACAGUUACAAUGAUCUGGCUAAAGUGCGAGAGCAGCUACAACAAAAACUUGAGAUCACAAGGACAAAUAAGCUUCCGAAGGACAAAUGUCCUCUUUGGGUGAGUUUUGGUCCCAGCUGUUACUACAUAUCAAGUGAAGUGAAGACCUGGGAAGAGAGCAGAAAGGACUGCCAGAGGAGAAAUUCUGACUUGGUGAUAAUCAACAGUGACGAGGAACAGGUGAGAGAUAAUAAUAAAUACCUGGCACUUAUUAGUGGUAAAAGCACAAAAAUGUUGGGCUUGGAACGACAAUGCAUGAGUCAAACAUACUGCUUCAGGAUUAUGAUUCUUUUGCUUUUGUUUUGGGCAGAAAUUCAUUAUGAGCCUAGGCAAAAGAGUUUGGCUUGGCCUGACUGACCAAGAUGAGGAAAAUGUCUGGACAUGGGUGGAUGGGACAACUUUGGCCAAAAGCUACUGGUACCAUCCACAGCCUGACAAUGGAGGAGACGAACAUAUUGAAGAGGAUUGUGCCGAGUUACUAAAUUACAACAAUGAUUUGUUACUCACAUGGAACGACAUAUCUUGCUUAAAAACUAAUCACUGGAUUUGUGAAACUGUGUCAUAAUGGAAAAAUUGAAGCAUGAACGUUUUUUUAAUCAUUACAAUGAACCUUUUAGUGACUUAGCCUGAUCGAUUGAUAGUUGGAGAUGACUGGCUACUGUGUAAAUGUAAAGUGUGAUGUACUUUCAUCAUAUUUUUCAGUGAAACACUGGGGUUUUUUCAGCAUUUCAGCACCUUAUAUUAGUAGUUAGUGGGUUAAUUGUUUCGAGGAUGAACUUUUUCUGGUCAUUUGUAAUUUUCUAUUAAUCACAAUACAAGACAUUUUUUGGUUCA